GUAGUGCUGGCCACCUCGCUUUCCUUUGUGUCUGUUCCUACUACCGAGGCGAGAGGAGCGGGGGAACCUGCCGCCCGUGCUGCCGCUGACCAUGCCCAGCUCGCUGUUCGCCGACAUGGAGAGGAACGGCAGCGGAGGAGGAGGAGGCGUCGAGACUCUGGAUGACCAGCGAGCCCUCCAGAUCGCGCUCGACCAGCUGUCCCUGCUGGGGCUGGACAACGACGAGAACUCCAUGUACGACAAUGAGCCCCGGAAAAAGAGCGUCAACAUGACCGAGUGCGUGCCGGUGCCCAGCUCCGAGCAUGUGGCCGAGAUCGUCGGUAGGCAAGGUUGUAAAAUCAAAGCUCUGCGGGCGAAGACCAACACCUACAUCAAGACCCCGGUCCGUGGGGAGGAGCCUGUCUUUGUUGUGACUGGGAGAAAGGAGGAUGUAGCCAUGGCCAGGAGAGAGAUCAUCUCAGCAGCAGAGCACUUUUCAAUGAUCCGAGCCUCUCGCAAUAAGAACGCGUUGAAUGGCCAGGGGUCGUCCGUGCCUGGACCUCCAAACCUCCCCGGGCAGACCACCAUCCAGGUGCGGGUUCCUUACAGGGUGGUGGGGCUGGUAGUAGGACCUAAAGGGGCCACCAUCAAACGGAUCCAGCAGCAGACCCACACGUACAUCGUCACCCCCAGCAGGGACAAAGAGCCGGUGUUUGAGGUCACUGGCAUGCCGGAGAAUGUCGAUCGCGCCCGGGAGGAGAUCGAGGCGCACAUCGCUGUACGUACCGGAGGGCUCAUAGAGCUGACCGACGAGAAUGACUUUCACGCAAAUGGGACUGAUGUUGGCUUUGAUUUACAUGGCAUGGGGAGCCUGUGGAGCAAGCCUACCCCGGGCGUCAACUCCAGCACGGGGUCACGCAAGGCUUUCUCUAAUUACCGCAACGACAGCUCCAGCUCUCUGGGCAGUGCCUCCACUGACUCUUACUUUGGGGGCACCAACGGCACAAGGCUGGCAGACUACAGCCCGCCCAGCCCUGCCCUCAGUUUUACCAACAAUGGCAACAAUAACAAUAACGUGAAUGGCAAUGGAUACAUAUACGCCAGUGAGACCAUCUCUCCCGACUCCACUGAGCUGGCUUUUGACUCCCCUUUUGACCCUGCCCCUGCCCCACCUGGCACUGCUUUGCUCUGGUCCCAGUUUGAACGCAAUGGCACGACAAGUGCCUACCAAAACAAUGCCAACGGGCUGCUUUCUAACCACCGGCGACUCAAUGGGGUGGGCUGCACCGCUCCCCCCAGGCUCUCUCCUCCCUUGCAUGGAAGCAGUGUGGUCCCAGAGCAUCCCUUAGCGCGUAGAGUGCGCAGUGACCCCGGCGGUGGCCUGAGCUACUCCUCCUACACCAACAUUGGCUCCGACUCCUCCUCUUCUUCCUCGUCCUCCAGUAGCAGCUCUUCCUCUUCCAGCUCGUCUUCCUCUUCGUCAGGUAUGAGGAGGAAAGGCAGCCGCGAUUGUUCCAUCUGCUUUGAGAGCGAGGUGAUCGCUGCCUUGGUACCAUGUGGCCACAACUUGUUUUGCAUGGAGUGUGCCAACCGCAUCUGCGAGAAGAAUGAACCACAAUGCCCAGUGUGUCACACAGAAGUCACUCAGGCCAUUCGCAUUUUCUCCUAGAACAAAACACUCAAGCCUUCUUUAUUCAGUACUAUGAAAAGAAACAUAUAUGCCCUAUAGCUACAUUCCCA